UUAUGAGAGCAUCAUUUUGCUGCAUUUAAAGUCCAAUCACUCACAAAAUUGGCUCGAAUUUGUGAGUAAUUCUUCCACUAAAAUGAAAAAUUAUUGUCGAUUCUCGUGCAUCGUUUGUGUCAUAUAAGCUCAAAUGCUGAACCAAUAUUUAAGUGGAACAAGACCCAAACCAAAAUGCCUCAAGACGCGUUCAAGGUGCCUAAUCGGGCAAGGCAAGUGCGAGAUUGUCCUUCCGCGUCAAGGAAACUGCGCCUUCCGACGCUGCCUCCAGAGCGCCCAGUCACCCGCGGAUCCGUUAAAGCUUGGCAGGAAGGCACUUGUAAGCCCUGGAGUGAUCUUCCAGGGCUUAGGUUGAAAGUUAACGAAUCUUCAAGUACGUCUGACUAUGGGACUGCUUCAGAAAAGUCGAGUCAGUCAUUCCAGAGCAGGAAUUCCAAUUCCCCCCAUGAUCCUUGCGCUUGCGAGAACAUGAGUGGAGUUGGAUUUCUAUCAAGCGAUGAAGAUGAAGGUCUCAAUGUGGAAGACUUAAAGAAUUCGUUGGAGGCAUGCGGCUGGGACAGCGAGGAGGAUAAGGUCAAACAAGACUGGGAGUGCGACAGACCUCCCACAGCGAGAAUGCUCACAGACCCUGACAGCAGAGUCACUGCCAUCAUUCCUGCUUCUAGCUCAAAAUUACUACAAAACGCAGAGUUGAAAACACUUAAUGGUGACCAGUUUAAGCCAAAACUGAACAAGAUGCAACGUCUUUGUGCCCCAAUUAUAUCACUUGGUCCUCAUGGCAUGCAAUUUGAGGAAAAGUACCAAGUGUAUCUUUCUAUCCCUGUCUGUGUUCACGACGAGAGCUGCAUUGUGUGCUUCACUAGCAACACGUCAGAAUUUGAGAAGGCGCAAUGGGAACGGUUGCCAAAAACAAGUUACUGCUACAAAGAUGGCUUUAUUAUCUUGAAAGUGAACCACUUCAGCUUAUUCACUGUGAUAACGGAGGAGCCUUACCCAGAAAGGCUGAAACGGAUUCGGAAACGCAAUGGAGGCACUCUCUACAUUCCGGACAUCCCUGGUGUAGAGGUGGCCUUCCCUAAAGGCUGUUUGGAAGAUGAUAUUGACGCCUACCUCAGAGUAAUUUUUGACACCGAAACAGCUUUAUUUCCGAACAACCUGAAGAUGAGAUACUCGCUUGCCUCUCCAGUUAUCAUGAUUGGGCCUCAUGGGCUCAAGUUCCCUUCAAAUAGGCCCCCCGUAACAAUAAAUCUCCCAGUGCCUGAUCUGCAAGACAUCUGCAAGAAAUUUGACAAGGACCCUCUUAAAUCCCUCUCUGUUUGGCACAGUCCAUCAGAUGAAAUGGAGCCAAUCGUCUGGAAAAGGCUAAAAACAGAGAUCAAAUUGAACCUGAAGCACCACUCGGGGAUUCCAAUUAUCUCGUUUCAAGUAAAGCACUUUAGCUUCUUUACAGUCUUCUGGGACAUAGUGUCCAACAGUCUGUAUGAGGCCAAGGUUGGCAUGGCACACUUUGCCAAUUUUGUAACCUUUUCCAUGAUGUGUGAAGCAUACAUGCAAGAAACCCCAAAAAAUGAUAGGUUUAGCUUGGAAGUAAUUUGCUACCGCAGCGAUCGCAAAUUGCCAGACGUUACUAACCUUCAGCACCGGGCUGGUGCCUGCAACAAGCCCAAAUUGAUUAGACCUGGAAAAAUUUUAGUGAGACUAAGAUCGCAGAUGUUUGAAGCUGACGUAGAAGCUGGGGAAUUGCCAGAAAUGUGCAAAGAGGAGCCAGAUUUCAGAGGGCGGGACUUUGAAUUCCAAUAUGCCUGCAAGUUCAAGAGCGAUGCCAAGAUUGACAUCGGAACAAUCGGGAAAGUUCUCGUGGAGAAAUCAAAGAGCUCUGGAAGGAAUGAUUUGGUUUUUGAAUUCAACCUUUACAAAUCUGGGUAUGAGGCUGAAUUAAACAUGCAAGUUCAAGGGGAGCGGUGGACAAUUGUUGCAAUCAAAGAGCUGGCAGCAAAUUUGCAGAUCACAGAUGGAAAUAACUGGAAAAAGUUUGCAAAGUAUGUUGGAUUCAACAACAACGAAAUUAGAACAAAACUAAUGACAAGUGGUGAUCCUUUCGUUGCUAUGACAAACAUAUAUCAGAAUCGAGGAGGCACUCCAGAUGAGUUUGUCCAGGCUUUGUUUGCUGUACACCGUGAUAUUGCACAAAACGGACUCGCUGACGAAACCCCACCAAGCAGCAGCACAGGCUCCAGUCCUAGUAACUCGUUAAAUGGAUCCCACAACCAACAAUCAUCGCCCAUAUCCAAAUACUUCAAUUGGUGGAGCAAUAAAAAAGGAGAAGAGCCUCCAGAGGAAGUUGACAUGGAUGAAGAAAUGCCAGCACCCCCUUCUAAAGAACGUGCGUCAUCUUCUCGAAAACGAUCUCAUCCUAGUUCUGCGAGAUCCUCAAGUCUCAAAAGAAAUGAAAUACCUCCAAAACGAAGACGCGGUCAUAACAAAGAUAGUUCCUCUGACCGCAGCGUUGAAGAGAGUGAUGAAGAAGAUGGUGUUCGUUCCACCCAUUAUCGAUCCCGUAGAGUUGCGUCUGUCAAAUCUUCCUCAUUAGGUUACAGACAAAACACUCGAAAGCUCAGUACAAAUGAUCUGUGGAAAGCUUCCGAACAUUUGACGAACAUUAAGUGGAAAGAGCUUGGUCGAAAUUUGGGUCUCGAUGAAGGCACAGUCACAAACAUUGAACAAAAUCACAAAGGGGAUGGGGUGAGGGAAUUUGCUUAUCAGGUGCUGUUGCAAUGGAAGAACCUCACAGCAAAGAAAUGUACUCUUGGGGCAUUGUAUUCUAGUUUAGAGGAUGGCAAAUACAAAGACCAAGCAAAGGCUAUCGCAAAUUUGGUGUGCAGUAUGGGCCAAUCCAGUGAUCACUAGUUUAAAAUAUUGAAAAUAUUAAGGAACCUUCUAUGGUACCUUCAUUCAGCUGACGAGAGAACUUAACGUUGCAAUGUUUGGACAGUAAAACUGUAUGAAAAUCAAUAGCAACUGAUAUUUUUGCAUUUUGAGACAAAGUUGACGAUUAAGAAUAUACGCAUUAUAAAUUGUAAAGUUGUUCAUUUUGUGCUUGUAAAAUAGUGUUUUGCCAACUGUGAAAUACAGAGCCCAUUUUGCAAUAAAUAUCAUAAUUAUAUAUUGUGAUAUACAUAAAUUUA